GGCAAUUUUAAUGGCGAUGAUCACACGCAUCCCAAAAACAUGGAAAACAAAAACAAGGAAACAGAAACAUAUCCCACGCAGAAUCUCAAAGGGAAACUCCCCAUCCAUACACGAUUCUAUCUCCCGCCGUCAGAGCCAGACCAUUACAUUGGACAGGCACAGCCCCAGACCCAGAACCAAGACCGAUAUCAAGAAUAUGACCCCCCCCGCAGCACCCACAACCUCGAGAUCCUACACUGGCUGCGCACAUCCACCUUCGACGACGCCUCAUCCUCGCCCUCGCACGACCUGUCCGAACAGCUCCCGCGGGUGUCGCCCCCGGCGCGGAUCGUGACUCCCGCGCGAUACGAGCAGUCCCGACGGGCGGCGAGACUGCGGCAGCGGCGGGAGGACAAACCGGAGCGAGGGCACAUCUGGGGCUCCAUCCAGGCGUGUUGGGCCAGGAUGCGUCGGAAGGACUAGACUAGACAGACAGACAGACAUCCACCUCUCUCUACAUCACAUCUACCUCUACAUUCUAUCCAGACUGCAUCAAGCACAUCAACGUCAUUCGUGCAACAUCACUCGCCCAAUGGGAUCCCCCCGGAGCGGCACAAUAGGCCCCUGCUCAAACAGACUGGGUAUCCUGAGCUUCUUAUUACAUACAGCUAGCCCCAUACAA